ACUUCAACAGAGAUCUAAAGGUUCUUUAUUAUUGCAAACGUUUUCUGUAUCACUGUUAUGUGGUGCAGUGUUUCUUUAUGUGUUAGCCAGAGAGAUCGCAGCUCUGACUCAAUAUACAUGUUUUACUAUGACAAUAGCGCUUUCAGACAUUUCCACAUCAUAAAUACGGAGGCAUUUCCAAAGAUAUAUUCUAUACAAGAGCAAAUGCAUUACUAUAAUAGAGAUAGCUGGUACUAAAUGGAAAUCUCAAGGGAGUGUUUUAGUUUUGUACGCAUGCACUUUUGAGACACAAAAAGCCACAAGGUAAGCCAGAUUCAAUUCAAGGUUUCUGGAGAGUCAGUGGGUUGGAAAUAAAGUUGUCGGAGGUGCGUUCAAAAUGAUGGCAAGCAGCUGGAUAUGAGGAUAAAACCUCAAUAAUGUAAUUGUUUAAUCCCUUAAUGUCGUAGCUCUAUGACAAGCAUACUGAGCAGGCUCUUUCCCUUACAGUCUUUACACAAGUACAUGUCCAUAAAUUAGAAUGCAGUUCACUGGGUUCUCGUGGGCCCAGUAGAAGUGGUGCAUGCAGUUUGCCUGCAGUGGUUAGUUUCCAGGGCAACUUUAACCUGUUUUCCCUGUAACUGUUUUUGUUUCAAGACAAUAUGCAAUAAACCCCGAAGGACUCCUGGCUAAUUUUUAUUGAGUAAAAUUAAUAUUGUGUCAUGACCUGGCUCAAGUGGCCACAACAACAAAAAAAAAAAAGACACACCAUGUUGAACUUUAACAAAAGAGAACAUUAUUUAACCAAUUAACCAAAUUAAAGCCAAAUUAAAGGUUUUAACAGAUUGAUUAAAGAAUUGAGUGUGAUGUCAGUAGUUAGUGGUGCGUGAUGUGCAUGAGUGGAGGAUGUGAGUGUGAGUCUUGUAGAGUAGAGAACAGCAUACUAAAUGAGGAGAGCUGCAGUAGUAAUCGCAGCGGCAGCAGAGCGGUGGAGAGUCAGCGAGAGAGUGAGCUGUGCUGCAGCCAGGACAUUAAGGGGCCAUAUUAUGAAAAACUCACUUUUUCAGGGCUUGUGCAUAUAUAUUUGGGUCUCUGAUGUGCUCACUAAUACACAUAUUAGUUAACAAGCUGUUAAAGUAUUUCAAUAUGAAAUAAGACAACCCGGUCUGUUUGGUGUGGGCUGGCUUGCUCUUGUGAUUCAACAAGCCAUUCAGGUUUGAUGCCCCUUCUUACAUCACUUGGGGCUUCAUUGAAAUUGUACCACCUCCCAUCCAUGCCUCUAUCUGAGUCUCCACCCACUAAAUUUCCUGAGGUCCGCCAUGUUUUUCACACAAGCGCCAGCUGGGACCCAGCUAAAUUAAACUAGGGUAAACUAAGGGUGAAAAAUUUGUGCAUAUGGCGGGGCUGGACCGGAGGACAGAGCUGCUGCUUAACACUGCUUGCUUUGGAGGAGAGAGCCGGGGAGCAGAGAGUCCUACAUUGCUGCUGUCUCAUCUUCUAGAGGAAUAAUUACCCGAUUCUGCUCUGAUCCAGACCACUUUACUGGCAGGAGGAGUUUAUUUUUUUAAACUUUUGGGAUUAAGUGGAUUUAUCUUCAAAUUCACUUCUCAACCUAGCCGUAGCUCAGUUAACACCGGAAUCACACAACCUCCACUGCUGCUGUCAUCAAUAAUAAACAUCUUAAAUGCUGCUUAAGUUCAGGCGGAGCUGCAGCAUUAAGUCCUUCAGAGUGAGCGAGAGAGACGAGGGGAAAGAGUCGGCAUGGCCCAGAAAAAUAACUUUCAAUUCUCCAUCAGGGAAUACAGACCCUCAGAUGAACAUGGGGUCAUGUCGCUCUUUCGUGACGGGAUUCUUGAAAAUGUAUACCCGGCCUUCUUCAAGGCCAUGAGCCAUCCAGACCAUGUUGGUGUUGCUCUGAGCAUUUCCAUGGCUGGCUAUGUGCUGGGAGGCAGCUCCUACUUCCAAGGUUUACUCUUUGGCAGUGCAUGGGCUGGCCUCAUUUACUACUGCUGCCAUGAGAUCUACGAAACCUACAUGAUGAGGAGGCUGAGCACAGACAUGGCCGACAUUCAAGCCAGCUACCUGGACAACCCAGAUAACGGUUUCUGGGUGGCGGAGGACGGCGCCAACGACCGCUCCAAGGUGGUGGGGAUGGUGGCGGUGAUGGGGAAAAAAGCAGGGGAUGAGAACGAGAGGUGUGAUGACUUGAACGGAGGAGUGAUGGGAGAGUUCGCCCAAGAUGCUGGAGAUGGAAGUUACGGUGAGAUGUCCGGCAUGGUGGUGGUGUUUCCAUGUCGCCGCAAAAACCUUGGUUCUCAGUUGAUACAGAAGGCGUUGGAUUUCUGCAAAGAGCGAGGCUACACCCGCCUCGUUCUGGACAUCAGCUCGCCACAGACGGCAGCCGUUUCCCUGUACCAAAAAUUAGGCUUCGUUCAAACAGCAUCCCACAAUAACACACAUGCUAAUCGCUGGUUCUCCAGGCUGGCCAGAAUAAAUGUGAUGCGAAUGGAGAAGUUCAUUUAAAACAAAAUGGACUUUAGACCUCGGCACUUGAUACGCCCUCGACUGUACAGCACAUUAAGAAUAUUCCAGUUAAUUUAUGCCUUUUAGUCUCAUUUAAUGCAAAAAAAAACCUUUCUGUUGUGUGAUAUCUGGUCACUCAGGUCUCCGGCUCACUAUCACGGUAGUUUGGAAAAAGAAAAGUACAUUAAAUUU